UGCUGCCCCGCUGGCAGUGCGGAAGUGGCCAUGGCGGAGCUGUACGUGAAGCCGGGCAACAAGGAGCGCGGCUGGAACGACCCGCCGCAGUUCUCCUACGGGCUGCAGACUCAGACUGGCGGAGCCAAGCGCACGCCCCUCACUAAGAGGGUGGCCGCCCCGCAAGAUGGAUCUCCCCGAGCCCCAACCUCAGAGACUUCUGGGCCACUUCCAUUGUAUCCACCAACUUCAAUUAAGGCUCCUGGACCUCCACCUGUGGGGAGUUACCCUGCCUCUGGUUUGGAGCUCAUAAGUGUCCCAGUCAUUGAACCUGAGGCUGUGAUUGAAGAUGUGCUGAGACCUUUGGAACAGGCAUUGGAGGACUGCCGUGGUCAUACAAAGAAGCAGGUAUGUGAUGACAUCAGCCGACGCCUAGCACUGCUUCAGGAACAGUGGGCUGGAGGGAAGUUGUCAAUACCAGUAAAGAAGAGGAUGGCGCUACUGGUGCAAGAGUUUUCAUGCCAUCAGUGGGAUGCAGCAGAUGACAUUCACCGUUCACUCAUGGUUGACCAUGUGACUGAGGUCAGUCAGUGGAUGGUGGGAGUGAAAAGAUUAAUUGCAGAAAAGAGGAAUCUUUCUUCAGAGGAGUCUAAAGAAGAGAAAUCUGCAGUGGCAGCUGAGAACCCGAUGAUAGCAGGCUUACAACAGGCUUCAUAAUCUUGGGAGACUCUCCAGACUCAGCUUGCACUGUCUCCUAUGCCUUGGUGUAGGAGGUCUUGUCUUACUUGGGCCCUUUUUUAUUACUAGGGAGACUGUCUGACUUAGGCCUGACCAAAGAUCCUGCCUGGGCUACAGUGAGAUCACUUGUUACCCAUAACAUGUACAUUUCAAUAAAAAUCAUCUGAGUGGUGGUAAUGGGUUGGAGAGAUGAACCCUUCCAAAUUAAACUAGUUCCCUCUGGUGUCAA